AUGGAGGUCAUUGACAUCCCUUCUUCCCCCGAACUACUUCCUACGACAUCCAGAGUAACUCGUAAUCAAAGUCAGCAGCCUCGGUCGCAAAAGCGAAGGAUACUACCGCGACCGCCACCAGUACCAAGUCUAUGGGCUGAAGAAAUCAUCGAAAUAACAGACUCUGAUAGUGAACCCGAAUAUAAACCGAUGUCCCCGGAAAAGAGGCGCUCAGUCAAAACACAUGCAGUACCAGGUCCUUCGAACUUGCCGGUUAUCGGGGCGCCUCUUGAUGGCUUGCUUGAGGGUGCAGCUAUUCCGGCUGCCGGAUCAUCUCAGAAACAUCUUCGCAAAGACAGAAUCGCUUCCGCUCCGCUGUUUUAUUCAGAUGAUGAGGAUGCAGAGCUACAACAACGGAGCUCAAGCGCUCAUGAUCGACCGAUGAUUACUUUGGCACUGCCCAAAGUUCUGAAACGUUUGGCCGUCUCUGCACAAAAAGGUCGGCCAGAGGAUGGUCUUCCCGUGUCUCAUCGACUACACAAUCCCAGCAUGGAUGGAGGAGAUUGCCUCUCAGCAGAACCUCAAACUUUCACGCCAAAUAUCUCAUUGUCAUGGCAGACACUCGCGCCAACAUCCUACUCGCUUACACCCGCGAUGAGCACCAGUUCUCACAUUGACAAGUAUUGA